AUGGCUGGCGCAGCGGGUUGCAGACUGGCUGAUCGUACCGGACAUGUUCCCAAAACCGACUCCAGAAGCGUCGUCGUGUCUCGGCUCCGUGCACCCGACCUGCGACCAGCUCCCGUAAACAAUUCUGUCACCCUCCCACGUUCUCGACAUGCUGAGCACCCCUUCCAUCUGAUCUUUUUGCAAACUCUGCGCUUCGUCGCCGCUUCCAGAAGCGCCAAGCGCAUUACCGCCGACGACUCAUCGGCAGGGGCCGCCCUCCACUACACGAUGCGCCCCCGGAGCCGACUUGUUCCGGCUGCCCUACUGGAGGCGGCCUUGGUAUGA